AUGAAAUUAAAACCAAAUACAAAAAUAAUAAGCGCAUUUCUCAUGCUAUUCAUAUUAACAUUAUCAAUAAUAUACUAUAUUGUUUCAUUCAAUCACAAAACACCAAUCAAAACCCCUUUAAAAAAGCAUUAUAUUACCACAAAUAGAACUUUUGUCCCUUUGCCCGAAAGAAUAGUCCAUCUAGACCUUAAGGGAGCCCCACCUAAAAUCCCUUAUUAUUCCCAAUUAUUCCCUUUACUAAAAACCUUAGGCGCCACAGGAGUAUUAAUAGAAUACGAAGACAUGUUUCCUUAUAAGGGCCAAAUACCACAAAACAUUUCCGCCCUAAACUCUUACACCCUUGACAACAUAAAAACCAUCAAUACCUUAGCCCUAAAACACAAACUAAAAAUCAUACCAUUUAUACAAACAUUGGGCCAUCUAGAUUUUAUUUUGAAACUAAAAAACUACAAAGAGUACAGGGAAGAUUGGAACAUCCCAUCAGACAUAUGUCCUUCCUUUAAUAAAACUUAUAAGCUACUAGAAGAAAUUAUAACUCAAAUAAUCGAGGCACAUCCAAAUAGUGAUACGAUACAUAUUGGAUGUGAUGAAGUACCCCAUUUGGGACAUUGCCAAAGAUGUUUGAACCGACAACUAACAAAAAAUCAAUUAUUCGUCCAUCAUAUUCAAUCAGUUGUUAAUAUAAUCAAACGCAUAAAACCCUCAUUGAAAAUCCUUGCAUGGGAUGACCACUUUAGAUCUCUAAGCAAAAAUGAAUUCGAAUUAAAUUCAAUUAUAAAGCCAGUGGUUUGGUGGUAUGGCAAAGAUGUUUAUGACGAAUUAGGACCAAGUUUGUGGAAUGUGUAUUCCAAUGUUUUUGAAGGGGUAUGGGUUGCCAGUGCUUUUAAAGGUACCAGCGGUAGCAACAAAUAUAUUUCUGAAGUAAACCAUUAUUUGCAAAAUCACAAAAGUUGGCUCACAGUUAUAGAAGAGUACCGUCAACGAUUGCGGUUCGAAGGAAUUAUUUUGACAGGCUGGCAACGUUAUGAUCAUUUUGCUGUUUUGUGUGAACUUUUACCGGUUGGAAUACCAGCUUUGGCCAUGAGUUUGAGAUUAUUACAAGGUUUCAAAGAUUCAGCCCUAGGACCGCCCUUAGAAGUAGCCAAACUACUACAAUGCGAACAACCCUAUGGCCUAAUAGGCACUGCUUUCGGUAGUCCCAAAUGUAAAUUUCCCGGUGCCGACAUCCUCGAACAAGUAAUCUUUUUCCAUCAAUUGAAGCAAGAGUUCGAAGAAAUCAACGAGGAUUCCAGAGUUAAAGGAUGGCUGAGCCAAUACAAUAGAAAAUAUCAGUUUUCGAGUCCUCAACAAGUCAAAGCUGUGCUGAUGCCUUUGGAUAAAAUCAAAGCGGAUUUGGAGUUUGUUAAAGGGAAAUUGCAAAGUGCUAUGUUGGAGGUUUACGAUUAUUAUACAGUUGACGAGUGGUUUGAAACUUAUUUGGUUGAUUUUGAGGAAGAUGUUUUAUCUAUGUGGAAAGCAAAGCAAAUGCUGUUGGAGAGAAACGAUUGGCCUCAAAAACCUAUUAAUAAGUAUAUUAUAAAUAAAUAA